CUUGACCUGAAAGCCUCAAUUGCUUUUUUUACAUCUACGGCGGAGAUCGAAAUCUAUCAAUCCGAAAAAAGAAACAAAUGGACGAGGAGAGAAGGAAGAAGAAAAAAUGCACCCCAGCUGUGCAUGUAGCCAGCCCAGCUGAUCCGCUUGUGCUGCUUCCAGUCUUCAUCCAUCGCCUUGCUCAGCCCCUUGCAUAACAAAAAAACCACCCGUCGUAUGAUGUGGCAUUUCGUAAUUCUCCUACACGAUUGAUGCGGGUUUUCCCUUUUCAUCUCAAUUGCAAAUAGCAUCAUCCUCCAAACCUCCAUACCGUCAUGAGACGUUUGACUUUGGGCUUCCCCUUAACCCGGUGCCCUGCCGUCGGGACCAGCCAGAGAAUAAUCCUCCGUGACAAUUACUCCGUUAGCAUCUGCCGGUCAACAAGCCAACAAGCCAACAGCCCAAUUCCUUUUCCAUUACUCAUGCCGGCAAAUCACAUCCAGCAAAACUCCUGCUGUGAAGACGCCUCUGCCGCCUCUUGGUCCCGGCUGUCGCUCCAGCAAGAAGCAAGACGACAGCCAGGCUGGAGAAAUCUAAGCUGGUGUGAGUGGUGGCGAAAUUCCCCAAACUGCCGCUUGUCUCAGCCCGUUGAGCUCAAUUUCAAAUACUGAGCGAGCCGGCUGUCGUCCAAAUUGCCACCUCUACUCUAAGCCCGGCAUGAGAAAACGGUUCCCAAACAAACGUAAUAGUUAAGCACAAGAAUGUAUGUAAAAAAGGGCCACGGGAAAAGCAUCACUAUCAUAACACACAACACGCGACACAAAGAGAAAAAUUCUUCAGCUCCGUGUCAAGGACCCGCCUUCUCCGGCUUCACCCUUCCCGCUUCAUCUCACAUUCACGGCUACGAUCCGGCAUAGCAGAUUAAAUCACACGAUUCCCUUUUCUCCUUCCGGAUCUUUUCAUUUUUCUCCAGGGGACCAGCCAGCCCUACUUCGGCACUCGCAACAAGGGCUUUUUGCUUCCAAAUUCUCUUCCG